CGCGCGCGCGUCGGCCCCAGGUACGCGGACAAGAUGGCGGCGGCAGAGAUCGACAGCGCGAUGGAGGUGGUGCCGGCGCUGGCGGAGGAGGCCGCGCUGGAGGCGGCGAGCCUCAGCUGCCUCGUCAACCUGCCGGGCGAGGUGCUGGAGUACAUCCUGUGCAGCGGCUCGCUGACGGCCGCCGACAUCGGCCGCGUCUCCAGCACCUGCCGGCGGCUGCGCGAGCUCUGCCAGAGUAGCGGGAAGGUGUGGAAGGAGCAGUUCCGGGUGAGAUGGCCUUCCCUCAUGAAACACUACAGCCCCACCGACUACGUCAAUUGGCUGGAGGAGUAUAAAGUUCGACAGAAAGCUGGCUUAGAAGCCCGGAAGAUUGUCGCCUCCUUUUCCAAGAGGUUCUUUUCAGAGCACGUCCCUUGUAAUGGGUUCAGUGACAUUGAAAAUCUUGAGGGACCAGAAAUCUUUUUUGAGGAUGAACUGGUGUGCAUCCUGAAUAUGGAAGGAAGAAAAGCUUUGACUUGGAAAUACUAUGCAAAGAAAAUUCUAUACUACCUACGCCAACAAAAGAUUUUAAAUAAUCUUAAGGCUUUUCUUCAGCAGCCUGAUGACUACGAAUCGUAUCUUGAAGGUGCCGUGUAUAUUGACCAGUAUUGCAACCCUCUCUCCGACAUCAGCCUCAAAGACAUCCAGGCCCAGAUUGACAGCAUCGUAGAGCUGGUUUGCAAAACCCUCCGCAGCAUAAACGGCCGCCACCCCAGCUUGGCCUUCAAGGCAGGCGAAUCCUCUAUGAUCAUGGAAAUCGAACUCCAGAGCCAGGUCCUGGACGCCAUCAACUACGUCCUUUACGAUCAGCUGAAGUUCAAGGGCAAUCGGAUGGAUUACUAUAAUGCCCUCAACUUAUAUAUGCACCAGGUUUUGAUCCGCAGAACAGGAAUCCCAAUCAGCAUGUCUCUGCUCUAUCUGACCAUCGCCCGGCAGCUGGGCGUCCCCCUGGAACCUGUCAACUUCCCGAGUCACUUCUUACUGAGAUGGUGCCAGGGUGCAGAAGGGGUGACCCUGGACAUCUUCGACUACAUCUAUAUUGAUGCUUUUGGGAAAGGCAAGCAGCUGACUGUGAAAGAAUGCGAAUACUUGAUCGGCCAGCACGUGACGGCAGCCCUGUACGGUGUGGUCAACGUGAAGAAGGUGCUGCAGCGGAUGGUGGGGAACCUGCUGAGCCUGGGAAAGCGGGAAGGCAUCGAUCAGUCCUACCAGCUCCUGAGAGACUCGCUGGACCUGUACCUGGCAAUGUACCCGGACCAGGUACAGCUGCUCCUCCUCCAAGCCAGGCUCUACUUCCACCUGGGCAUCUGGCCAGAAAAGUCUUUCUGUCUUGUCUUGAAGGUGCUUGACAUACUCCAGCACAUCCAGACCCUCGACCCCGGGCAGCACGGGGCGGUGGGCUACCUGGUCCAGCACACGCUGGAGCACAUUGAGCGCAAAAAGGAGGAGGUAGGCGUGGAGGUGAAGACCAGGUCCGACGAGAAACACAGGGAUGUCUGCUACUCCAUUGGGCUCAUUAUGAAGCAUAAGAGGUAUGGCUACAACUGUGUCAUCUACGGCUGGGACCCCACCUGCAUGAUGGGACAUGAAUGGAUCCGGAACAUGAACGUGCACAGCCUGCCGCAUGGCCACCAUCAGCCUUUCUAUAAUGUCCUGGUGGAGGAUGGCUCCUGUAGAUACGCAGCACAGGAAAACUUGGAGUACAACGUGGAGCCUCAAGAAAUCUCACACCCUGAUGUCGGACGCUAUUUCUCAGAGUUCACCGGUACCCACUACAUCCCCAACGCGGAGCUAGAGAUCCGCUAUCCGGAGGACCUGGAGUUUGUCUAUGAGACGGUGCAGAACAUUUACAGUGCCAAGAAGGAGAGCCUCGAGUGAGCCUGGCAGUGGGCCUGGCCCCUUUGCUGCUGCUGCUGCUGCUACUAUCUUCCCAGAGAACAGGAUUCCGGAAGAAGGUGGCACCCCGGAUUCCUCUGGGGUCCCUCCGCCAGGACAGCCACCGCAGUAGUUCUGGCCGCCUCCCUCCAGGUCUGAGAACAUGCGCUCUCUCAGCUGCAAGGACAGUGUUGCUCCCGCCUACACUAGUGAACGGACUCGGAAGGCACUGUGGACCAUGGCGUGGCUUGUCCUGUGGUGACAGUUUGUGACAUUCUGUCUUCAUGAGGCCCCACCGUCGACACUCUGAGGUCUUUUUUUUUCU